CAUUUCUGUUCUAUGCAAAAAAAGGGGGGGAUUUAAAAGAGGAACUAUCAUUUAUGGAACUGCAGCACGUCCCAUAUCUACUGCUGGCGUAUGGAUCACGUGCAAUAAAACACAGACGCUCUGUCCUCAAAAAGGCAUUGUCGACACACGCGCUUUAGGCUCUGUUCAACACCGCUGAAUAAUAGACGAUUACAAUUCUUAAAACCAUGAAGCUAACGUCACCAGGUUCAUUGGCGUCACAUCUAUCUCCUCACCUCGCCUUUAGCAUCACCAUCAUCAUCACCACCACCAUCGUCCCUUCUGCUUCCUCACCUCCGUGCGACUCGCUGAACUUAUCCUCCUCGUCGCCUCUGCCCGCCUCCACCACCGCCAAAUGUUUCGAAGCCACAGGACCCAACUGCCCUCUCGGCCCGAGUUUGAAUUGGGCCGUCCUCGUCUCCUUGAAGUCGGCCGAGAUUCUGAAGAUCGACUGCAAACUGAAAUCCGUGGAGGUUUCUGAGGGGCAGCCGUUUCCCAUGCUGCCCAACCUCAAUGAGCUCCGACUGAACAACAACCAGCUUCAAAACCUCCCCACGGGGUUCAUGGGCAACCAUAAGAGCCUCAAGGUCCUCCACCUGGAAGACAACCGUCUCACGAUCCUGCCCAUGGCUUUCCUCAAGGGGUGCGUCAGUAUGGAGAAGCUACUGCUGCACAAUAACAAGCUGAUGCACCUCCCCUCCUUUAUCAAACUACCCCUCAAAUCCCUCACCCUCCACAACAACUUGCUGGUCUGUGACUGCUCCCUCUACCUCAUGCUCCGACACAAAACGACGCUGCUUGUGCCCACCGAUCAUGCGCUGGAGUUCCCCAAAUGCCACAGCCCUGUUCAACUAAAAGGCGAACCAGUCAAGAACGUGUCCAUGGACAUGGUUUGCCGGAAUGUGGGCCCCUAUUUCUCCAAGUGGUAUGUCGUGGCAAUGGCCGUCGGGGCUGCUCUGUUUUUGGUAAUUUCCGCUGUAGCGAUAGCAGGGAUGUGGGUGGCCAGAAGACACUCCUACAAUCACCGUCGAGUUUCCAACAAUGCUCCCAUCAGCGAUAUCACCGUUAGAACGAGUUUCGCGACCAGCAAUACGGUCAACAAUGCUUACAUCACCACCGCGGAAUUAUCCUCCCCGUACGUCCCCGAAGAUGUGUACGAUAAUGUGGGGGAGAUGUUAGAGGAAGACAUGGAAUCCGACAAUUAUAUUGAUGGUGAUGUUAAUUAUAACGACAAAGACGAUUAUGAAAAUCUGUAGAUGUGAUGGCUUCAGUUCAGGGUGGACAACUAACCUGGUGUAUGCAAUGGGGCAGUUUUUUUCCCCCCUUCAAAAUAUCAUGCGAGAAAAAAGGUAAUCUGGGUCUACAAAACAAAACUAAAAUUGUGAAUGUAACAAAGCACUCUGUCCAUUAUUCAAUAAUUUGUCAGAAUUUGGCUACAAUUCAAUUUCGGCAUGUUUAGCCCCUGCUGUUUGAGUCGAUGGUGAGGUGGCUUUGCAGAACCGAGAGCUCUAUAAAUCCAUAACUUUUGAAACUAUAGAAUGCAGUAUCAUGCAUGCAGAAUCUAGAUUGUAUAUAUCUGUAAAUUUUGUGUGGUCUGUAAACGUGCAACGUUAGGCAAACAGUGCUGCAUGUGGUUGGAGCAACGUUGGAGCAACGUUGGACCUCCUCAGGCACAGCGGUGUUAGCCGCUGAGGGUGUGGAGUGUGACGUUCUUCUUUUGACACGCUUUUAUUUAACUCACUCUGUUGUUGUUGUCGUUGUUGUCGUCAUUGUUGUAUCCUCAAAUCUUGUAACUCAAUUUUAACCCACUUCCCAAUGUGGUAUCGACUGCAAAC